GGGGAAACAUGGACGAUGGCUGUUUGGGAAGUAUAAAAAAGUGCUGAGGUGUUCAUUUUUGUGCAAUGUCUGGUAGCGGUACAGUGGUGAUUGAGCUUGAUGCCUGUUGCUUAGGAUUUAUAGAUCAAGCGGAGGAGACUACAGACAGAGGACACUGAGCAUUGAUUACAACAGUAGUGAGUCAUCCAACACUGUGAAUAUUGCGGGGACUCUAUUCCAGGAACCAUGUCUGCCCAGGAUCCAGUGAUUGGCACGUAUAACAUUAUGAACAAUCACCUCAGCAUGCAUGACAUUCCUCAGACUCAGCUGAGCAGCGAGACCAGCUCCACCAGUAGCGAGUUGGAGUCUGCCCUCAGCAACGCCGUCAAGACACCCCCUGGGAUCUUAGAGAACGGACCCGACGGCUACCCAUCGGAUGGGUCGUCCUCGGUGGAGAACCAGAACCCGAUGCCCGUCUCGUACAUCAACGGCCCCGUGCAACUCGCCGCGCCGGGCGGCUACACCGAGUAUGUCGAUGGACACAUGGCGGACGGGAACGGUUUGGAUUAUGCCGCCCCCGCCCCGGAGUAUGACGGUCAACAAGCCGUGGGCGAUUAUACCCAGGACUACCCCUCCCCGGAACAAAUUUACCCCGGUGUGGCGACGUCUGGACAGGAUUACCAAACGAACGCUGUAGGGGUACCGACGCAAGUCGGGGACUACCAGGGCAUGGGGGUAGGGGUAGGGGAAGAGAUAUCCCCCCAGGGACAGGUGCAGGACACUGGUCAGAAUAGUGGGCAGGCCAAUAAGAAGUAUGUCUUCUACCUGCAGAUUAAGCAAGGGGAGGCAUUUCCUGUUGGCAAUGGGGACCAAGUUCAGUAUAUUCACGGUCCUACAUAUAUUCAACUGGUUUCUAGCUCUCCUGUACCCCCACCCCUGCACACCGUGCAGACGGGGCAUGGACCCGUAUCCAUGCCAACUGUUGAUAACGUAGCCUUGGUCACAGCACCAAUGCAAGUCCAGGGUAUGGCCAUACAGCCAUCAGUCCAAGACACAGUCGUCAACGACAUGCAACAACAGCAGCAGCAGCAGCAGCAGCAGCAGCAGCAGCAGCAGCAGUCACAGCAAGGCAUGUACACCACAGGUCCCCCUGUGCUGUCACCUCAAAUGUACCCCACGUUAUAUUCCCCCAACGGGGGAGGGGGUAGGGCCGGCAUGGGGGGUGUUGGGUACCCCCACAUGAUGGGCUAUCCAAACCCUAUCAUUCACCCUCAUGUUCAGCAGCACGUGGCGAACUCCGUACCCACACACACGGCCGUACCGCCGAAUCCUGUUCCACAUCAUGUUCAUAUUCGAUACAAUCCUGCGCCCCCUCAUGGUCAACACAACUCACAGCAACAACAACAACAACAACAACAACAUCAGUGUAAUAUGCCCGAUCAUUCACAUAUCCAAGAUCCCCAGCAGAGACAAACAAUGAGAUCCCGGUCAAGAGAUGACCGGACGGAUAAACAGAGAGAAAAACUCCAGAAGAAACUACGGGAGCGGCAAAAGGAGAACUGCAACUUCAUCCCGAGCCCUCAGACCUCGCCCCGCGGGGGAGGAGGGGGAGGUGGAGGUGGAGGAGGGGGUGUGCAUGUGAGCGGAGGAUAUAAUCCUUCUGUCUUGAAGAUGGAGAAUGGUGCUAAUGGGAGGCCGGGUAACGGGAGGAAGAAGAGGCAUAGUGGAGGCGGCAACCAGAGAAUCGAUGAGAAUGAAGAAGAUCCCCAUUCCAAGAAGCUGAGGGAUCUCCUCUCGAACAUCCAGCCACCGGACGUGUUCAACAGAACGCCCCGCUCGGUCAACGUCAAAUGGUCCCUGCCCCAGGUGCAUUCUGGGAGUGUGGACUGUCUCCGCGAUGACGACAUCGACUUAUCGACGGCCCGGUUUGAGCUUGUGCUGUCGGAGCGUAACAGGAGUGGUUCAUCAAAGACGUUUUACUGUCAUGGAACGGAGAAUGAAUACGAAGUAACAGAUUUAAAACCAGCUUCAGAAUAUCAACUCAGUGUGUGUGCAAUAUUGGACAAUGUAAAGGGUGCCCUCUCUCAGCCUGCCAUAUUUGAGACGAGGGGCUGCCCGCCGGACGCCCCACUCGUACCCCGGCUGACUAAUCGCACCAAGAACCUUCUGUACUUGAGGUGGAAUUCUCCCCUUCCCAACGGGGCCAGGAUCCACAGCUUCCUCCUACAGUGUGACAAGGGGAGUGGCUCGGGAAGUUUUGUUGACGUCUACGAGGGGCCGGAGAAGACUUACAGAGUAACUAAAUUACAGCCGGAGACCUUGUACAGAUUCCGCUUACAAGCCAUCAAUGACUUUGGGGCGAGUGACUACAGUCCAGAGGCUAGUUUCACUACGUCGGGCAGCGCCCCCAACCAGCCCGAUCUGCCGUCGCUACGGGAAGCUACAGCCCACAGCUUACACAUAGAAUGGGACAAGAGUACCGGGGAUAUCAAUGGGUAUACAUUGGAGAUGGAUGAUGAGAUGAAGAGGUAUGGCUUCCAAGUUGUAUACCGAGGGGAAGAGACUAAUCACCAAUGCAAAAACCUUGCCAGGAAUUCAGAGUAUAAAUUCAGGUUAAGUGCCUUCAAUGAAGAGGGAAAGAGUAUAUGGAGUGGAGUAGUGGCCUUUCGUACGCUGCCUGACACGCCGAGAGCGCCUUUCAAGCUGUCACUCAAAGGCAAGGUUCACUCCACAGGCUUCAAAGUGUCAUGGGAUCCGCCAAAAGACACCGGGGGUUCGGAUAUAAUGUCGUACAGUUUAGAAAUGAGCAACAAUGGAACAAAUGAUCCGUUUGUAUCGACAUACGAAGGCUUAGAGAAAGAGCACAACAUGGAAAACCUUGAGCCGGGUCACACCUACAAGCUACGAGUCCAAUGCUCAAGCAGAGGGGGUUGUAGCCCGUUUUCUGACGUUUGUAGUGUGACAACGUUGCCAGUUUGUCCAGGGCAGUGUAUACCCCCAAGGUUACAUGGGAAACCACGGGCAACUUCCGUCAAUCUUAGAUGGAGCACACCAGAGUACCACGGUGGCACAUCCCUGCAGGAGUACGCCGUAGAAUUGACAGCAGCUGACGACACACCCAAAGAAGUUCACCGGGCUGGUGCCUGCAUCACAGAGUGUACUGUUAAUGCCUUGCUACCCGGGAGACCAUACAGCUUCCGGCUAAGGGCAUUCAAUAGAAUUGGGGGUGGACCCUUCUCGGAACCCCUCCAGGUCAACACGGCAGCCGGCCCACCGGACGCACCCACAGACCUCGCUGUUAAUAGCCGCUCAACCAGCGUGGCAUACGUAGCGUGGGAGAAGCCAUGCUGUAACGGCGCUGAGGUGAACGAGUACCGCGUGGAAAGAGCAUCGGAGAACGGCUCCUUCUCAACAGUCUACAACGGCUUCUCAUCAUUCUGUGAGCUGAAGUCACUGCAGCCCGCCACCUUCUACUAUCUCCGCGUCCAGGCCAUCAACUCAGCCGGUCCAGGACCCUUCAGCGACGUGGCUACCUACGAGUCGCCUCCUUCCUCCCCGGAAGCCGUCGCUUCCCUCCGUCUCCUCUCAUCCACCUCGGAGUCUCUGCUGAUCCGGUGGACGGAGCCCAACUGCUGCGGCUCGGAGAUCCUGUCGUAUAAUAUCGACAUCGGCGAGAAGCCGAUUAUCAGCGUUCAGGGGAACGUCACGGAGCACUGUCUAGAGAUGCUACAACCAAACACCAAGUACAGAAUACGCAUCCAAGCAGUCAACAGUAUAGGUGUGGGGCCGUACAGUGCCUCGCUCAAAGUCACCACCAAAGCGCUUCCUCCCGAUCCACCACGCCUGGAGUGCACCCUCUACAGUCAUCAGAGUCUCAAGCUCAAAUGGGGCGACAAUGCCAAGUCGCCUGUCGACGCGCGCAUCCAGAAUUACACCGUUGAGAUGGAGGACAGGAAAGGAAGGUACUGCGUUGCGUAUUGCGGUGCUAACGUCUCGCACAAGGUGUCCAAGUUGAGCGAACAGACCUCGUACAGAUUCCGCAUCUUUGCCAGUAACGAUGCCGGGGAUGGCCCGUACUCGGAGAGUUACACAUUUACAACGACCAAAGCCCCACCUCCAUGUCUAAAAACUCCCAAAGUAAGCCUGAUCAGUGAAGACUGCUGCGUUGUAGAGUGGCAAGCACUGGGAAAUAUUCAGAAUGAUGUUGUCAUCUACCAUUGCCAAUGUCAGAGAGUCCGAGACAGUGAAAUCAAACUGGUAUACCGAGGGCCCGGCAGUAGCGUCAUCGUACCCGACCUAAUGCCAGGCACCGAGUACAGAGUCCGCACCUGUGCUAUCCGUCUACUGGACGACGGUGGACCGGAGCUCGUCGGAACCUACAGUCCGUGGGAGAGCUUCCUCACGGCGAGUCUAGUCCCCGCGACACCCAUCAUUAAGGAAGACGCCCAAGCUGAUGAACCCACGGCUGAACCCAAGUCUCUGGAGGAUCAGACCUUCAUCGCCAUCUGCCUGGUAGCUUUCUUCCUCCUUGCCAUCUUGUCGGCGUGGUUCAUGGCUUGAUGAACACUGAAGAGGAAAUAGUAUCGUAUCCAGGCUUGGAUUUGUUGAUUUCUAAUGUCUGUCUGGGGGGCCAAGCUGAAGUUUGUGCAUGGAUUUGGGAUUUUUUUAUCAAACCUCUUGCCGGAAACCCAGUCCAUGAAGCUGCUUAAGCAGAAAAUACUGCAAAUUUCCAUGCUAAGUAAACAUUGAGUGGGGCACCAAUUGCCACAUUGUUAAUUUGUGGGAAUUUUGGCUGGUAACCUGUUCCUGUUAUUAUUAUACUUAUCUGUGCUUAGCAAGUUUUUGUGCUUGCAGGCUUUAUGAAAUUGGGCCCAGGAGUUUUUCCUAGAAAGACAAUUCUUACUUCUCUUCGUAGGUUAGGAAAGACAUACACUGGGUUCGGAACGUAGAGUCCUGCAGCCGAUUUCACAAAGCGAUAAGAUUAAUCCUAUCUCGAGUUAGUACAAGUAACUCGUCCUAACUUAGGAUGGGUUCAAAGCAUCCAAACGUCUUCGGAUACUGAUCUUAACUCCUCCUCAGUCCUAAGAUUAAUCCUAAGUCAGAAAGAGUUUGGUGAAAUCGACGGCAGGCUUGGAACCCCAAAUGUUUGGGAAUAUUGGCCCUGAAUCCAUGCACGGAACUCGCCCCCAACUUCUUUUACAGUUUUUCUUACUCAGAAUCUUCUUGCAGGGUAGGGGAGGGGGUCCUUUCUGUCUGGAAUGUUCCCCCCCCCCCCCCCCCCCCCCGACGGCAUCAGGAAUCGAGUAGGAAUUACUUGGAAGCGGCCAUUCAUUUUAAGCUGUGUACAAUAAGAGUAAUUAUUCAUGUACAAAAUGUCAUUCACUGUGGAUUUAUUAAAGACAAGUAUAAGUCGUUGCAUGUUUUUUUUUCUUCUCCUUCUUUCGUGAAAAGCUUGCAAGUCAACAAUCAAUAUUAUUUAUUAAAAAUCGAGAACUGCUGCACUCUUAGACUGGUUGCAAACCAAAAUGGGAAUGACAUGUAAACCAAAAUGAGAAUGAAACCACAUAGUGAGUCAAGACGCCAGACGGAAGAGAUGUUAUUCACCAAUUUUUAACAAUCCUUAGUGGCAUUUUCCCCCUAUAUUUAAUUUGAAAGUAGAUACACUUGAUUUUUUAGUCACCGAAAAUACAUUUUUAUUACUUGAAGUAGUGAAAAUAAAGUCUCUGUACGUAUCAUUGUGAAAACCACGGCCAUGGUGGGAAAAUUUUUCCUGAAAUGUAGUACUUAUUUAUUUCAAACAGUCAACAGCAUUGGGGGAGGCUUUUUAAUCGGGUCGUAAAAUGUUUUGUUUUUGUUUAAAUGUUGUCUUUGGGAAUUUUUUUAUUUUUAUUAUUUUGUUAGAUUUCUUUUUAGCUGUAGAAUGAUUCACACAUCUGUUUUUUUUUUUUAACAUUUUAAUUUUCAAUGGCACCCCGGAACAAAUAUAUUGACAAAUCAUUGAGACCGCCAACAGAGGGCUUGAUAGCUCUGCCUGCCUGUUAACCCAAAGGUGAUUGGUUUGAGUCACACUCUAGUCUUUUUUUUUCUUUGUUCAAUCCUAAAUCAAUUUUGAAAAGUGUAACGAUUGAUUGUAAACUGUCAAAGGGUGUGUACAACAUUGGUAAGAAAGAAUGAACAUUUAUAGAAUUGCACACAAACUAACUGGUCAUGAUUUUUCAAAAUUUCCCUUGAAAAAAAAAAAAAAAAAAAAACUCAAUCUGAGGUUUUUGGCCUUUGUACCCUUUUCAAAUCUUCCCUAAUAGCUGUAUACCAAAUGGAAGUGUCCUUAUAACUAAAUGACAACGAAAAAGUGCUCUUCCCCCAUAAGGGAUUAUUUCAAGAUCUGUAGAUUGGAAAUAGCCGAAUAGAUGCAUCCAUUCUGUGGCCCUGCAGCCGAUUUCACGAAACGCUAGGAUUAAUCCUAUCUCGAGUUAACUUAGGAUGGGUUCAAUGCAUCCU